UGUAUAUUUGAUUGUGGCUUGAUUCAUAACUGUCUCUGUGAUUUCCAAAACUCGAACAUGCAGACCUCCAGCUCUAGGUCUAUACAUCUGAGUGAAUGGCAGAAGAAUUACUUUGCAAUUACAUCUGACAUAUGUACAUCAGGACAGAGGGCUGAUGCGUAUCGUGCACAGAUAUUACGCAUUCAGUAUGCAUGGGCAAACUCUGAGAUCUCCCAGGUCUGUGCUACCAGAUUGUUCAAAAGAUACGCAGAGAAAUAUUCUGCAAUUGUUGAUUCUGACAAUGUUGAAACUGGCUUGAAUAACUAUGCAGAAAACAUUUUAGCUUUGGCAAGAUCUCAAACUAACAGUGAAAAGUGGCAGUCUGGGUUGUCAAUAAAUAAUGUUUUCAAAAUGGAUAAUGUACAGAAGAUGAUGCAAGCUGGCAAAAAAUUUAAAGAUUCUAUUUUGGAACCUGGUGAUGCAUCAGUAAUAAUCCACAAGGAGGUUGCUGCCUUUGAUCUUCCUAAAUUUAAUGUUCGUGGAGCUCCUGGAGAGGGUGACCUAUUACCUAACUUAAUUCAUGACACAGAUAGGGUCCAAGACAACCCAGGAAACAACCCUUUGAGGUGCCCUCAGGUUGUCCAGCCACCUGUAGUGACUAACACCACCACUAAGACUUGUUGCAUGUCUUCAGUGCCUUUAGGUGAGUCAUCCACUGCAAAAGUACAUGCUGCACCAUUAUUUGGAAAUGUCAAAAAGGAAAAUCACAGCUUUCCCAAAGCCAACAUAGGACUAAAUAUGUUCUCAUCUAAUCAGUCUUGUUUUCCUUCUGGCUCUGAAAAUCCACGGGAAAGGAAGGGUUUUUAUGAUUCUGGAAUCAUUGAUACCCUUUCCAAUCCAGUACUGAAUAAGGGUUUUAGUAAAAUGGAAGAUAAUGGCCAAAGGGAGGAUAGCAAUCUGCCCACCUUUAAAACUGCAAAAGAACAAUUAUGGGUAGAUCAACAAAAAAAGGGCCACCAACUCCAGCGUGCAUCAGGGUCUUCCUAUGGUAGUGUUAAAAAGUCUCUGGGAGCUGGUAGAUCUCGAGGGAUAUUUGGAAAAUUUGUUCCUCCUAUACCUAAGCAAGAUGGGGGAGAACAUAAUGGAGGAAUGCAGUAUAAGCCUUAUGGGGCAGGAACUGCAGAACCAGCACAUCCCAUUGAUGAGCGUCUGAAGAACUUAGAGCCAAAGAUGAUUGAACUUAUUAUGAGUGAGAUCAUGGAUCAUGGGCCUCCAGUACAUUGGGAAGAUAUUGCAGGAGUGGAAUUUGCAAAAGCCACAAUAAAGGAAAUAGUUGUGUGGCCCAUGAUGAGGCCAGACAUCUUCACUGGGUUACGGGGACCUCCGAAAGGAAUUCUGCUCUUCGGUCCUCCUGGGACUGGUAAAACUCUAAUUGGAAAGUGCAUUGCUAGUCAGUCUGGGGCAACAUUCUUUAGCAUUUCUGCUUCAUCCUUGACUUCUAAAUGGGUAGGUGAGGGGGAGAAAAUGGUACGGGCUUUGUUUGCUGUUGCAAGGUGUCAGCAACCAGCUGUGAUAUUUAUUGAUGAAAUUGAUUCCCUGUUAUCUCAACGAGGAGAUGGUGAACAUGAAUCUUCUAGAAGAAUAAAAACUGAGUUUUUAGUUCAGUUAGAUGGAGCAACGACAUCUUCUGAAGACCGCAUUCUAGUGGUGGGAGCAACAAAUCGGCCACAAGAGAUUGAUGAGGCUGCCCGGAGAAGAUUGGUGAAAAGGCUUUAUAUUCCUCUCCCAGAAGCUUCAGGCAGGAAGCAGAUAGUAAUUAAUCUAAUGUCCAAGGAGCAGUGUCACCUCAGUGAAGAAGAAAUUGAAUGGGUUGUCCAGCAGUCUGAUGGAUUCUCUGGAGCAGACAUGACACAACUUUGUAGAGAGGCUUCUCUUGGCCCUAUUCGCAGUUUACAAACUGCUGACAUUGCUACCAUAACACCAGAUCAAGUUCGACCCAUAGCUUAUAUUGAUUUUGAAAAUGCUUUUAGAACUGUGCGACCUAGUGUGUCUCCAAAAGAUUUAGAGCUUUAUGAAAACUGGAACAAAACAUUUGGUUGUGGAAAGUAAAUGGGACACUUGAAAUUAAAAGGUGGCUUCUUUGUAGUACAUUCUUUUUUGGAUUUUAGCAUAGAAUGCUGGGAGUGUACUAAUUGCUUUUUUUAAAAAAAUCUGAAUUGUACCUCAAAUAAGACAAACAAUAACUCAGAUUUUUAUGAUCUACAUAGCUUAUGUUAAUACAUGUUUUUGCCUUCCUAUUAUUUAAUGUGUAAGCCUAUAUAAAUAGAAUGAGAAUGAAAUUUUUGUUCAGUUUCUGUGAAGUCAUUGAAGAUGUAUAAUAUGAAUAGUAAGCUCAAAUAAUCUGAAGAUUGCAUUUAGGAUAUGUCUAAUUUUAUUCACUUUUUAUUGAAGAAAGUUCUGUCUGAAAGCCCCAUAAUUUUUAAUGUUGGCUAGUAUAAUGGUUUACAUUCAAAGCAACAUUGCUUACUGUUUAGAUAGAUUUAAAAUCUCACCAAAAAUUAAAAUGAAAGUACCAGUUUUUACUUUCUUCUGCUGGACUAUAACCUAUUUUGUGAUUUUCUUUCCUUACCAAAACAAACUAAUAAAAACAUGUUCAGAAAUGGCAAGGUAUAAUCUAGUAUCAGAGACAUAUCCACAUAACCAAAAGGUGAAUAAUAAUAUAUUUUUUCAGGGGAUGUUUAUCAUUAAUAUGGUGUUUAUCAUUAAUACUAUAUCUGAUAUUACUUCACAGC